GUGCCGAACAUGGUCAUCAGGCCAAUCUACGCAGCGCUGCCCUUCGAGCAACAGGCAGUUCAGACAACGCCUCGUGCCUUGGUGUUCGAAGCGACUCCACCUGGGUACCGAAAGGUAGUGCUGGCCACGAACAUUGCGGAGACCUCGAUCACCAUCCCGGGCAUCCGCUUUGUCGUGGACACUGGUAUCAUGAAGCUGAAGAUGUGCCACCCGCAGACCGGCAUCGAGAUGUUGAGGACGGUGGAGACAUCACAGGCGUCAGCCAUUCAGAGGGCGGGCCGGGCAGGUCGGGAGGCCCCUGGGGAGGUUUUCCGCCUCUACGUUGAGUCGGACUACCACAAGAUGCCGGUGCAAACGCCGGCUGAGAUCUUGCGCCUGGAGAUGGCGUCGGUCUACAUCAACUUGAAGGCUCUUGGAAUCUCGAAGAUCGCCAGCUUUCCUCUGGUCGACCGGCCACCCCGAGAAGCCAUAGAGAAGGCCGCCCAUUUCCUCUGUCGGAUCGGUGCUCUUGACACGAGAGAUGCCUUGACUGACCUUGGGAGAAAGCUCGCGGCGAUGCCUGUACAUCCAUCGUACGCCUACUGUCUCCAUGUUUCCCUCGAGUUUGAAUGCGCAGCAGAAAUCUUGAGCAUCGUUGCAAUGCUGUCGGCAGACGCGCCAAUCUUCACCACCUCCAGGAAGCGAGGCAGUGCCCAGCAGGCAAAGCCGUACCAGCACCAGGAUGGGGAUCACCUUUCACUUCUCUCAGCUUUCCGAAAUUGGCGAAAGCAGAAGAAGCCGAAG